UACUAAACCGUGUCUUUCAGUUUUCUGCAAUCCUUCGUUCGACAAUGUAUUCCAUCAUCUUCGCAUUGUCGCUGCCAUGCGUUUUGUUUGUUGCUGCAGCAAGUCUCGCAUAUCCCAACCAGCAGCAACGCCAGCACAGGAUUAUCGGCGGCGAUGAGAUCGACAUCGCGAAGCUACCCUUCAUGGCAUCGCUAUCGGAUGGCAGGGGGCACCAUUGCGGUGGGUCGAUCAUCAGUUCGCGUUGGAUUUUGACGGCAGCCCAUUGCAUUGGGGAUCUGAACAACCCGAAACGCUCCGUGAGGGUUGGUUCCAGUCGGCACGCCCAGGGAGGUCAACAGGUGUACGUCAAACGAAGUGUUCUGCAUCCUUUGUGGAGUGCCUCAACCAUUGACUAUGAUUUCGCGCUUUUGGAACUGUCCGAAGAGUUGGGGCUUGGCAACAAGUUGCAAGCUGUAGAAUUGCCGGAGAAAAACGAGAUUGUUACGGAUGGGAAGCUUCUGCUUGUUUCCGGUUGGGGAGUUACGGAGAACGGGGGAUCAGCUAGUAGUGAUAUGUUAAGAGCUAUACAAGUCCCGGUGGUGAACCAGAAAAAGUGUGAAAAGGCUUAUGCACAGUUUGUUAAAGUUACUCCUAGGAUGUUGUGCGCUGGAUACGACGAAGGAGGCAAGGAUAUGUGCAAUGAAGAUUCCGGCGGUCCGUUGGUGGAUGGGAACAAGCAGGUUGGCGUGGUGUCCUGGAGCGGGGAAUGUGCAAAAGCUGGUGAACCUGGAGUGUAUGCACGAGUUGCUGUGGUUCGCGACUGGAUUAAACAAAUUGCGAAUGUUUGAUCCAAUUGUUAUCAAAUGUUCAUAUUAGCUUUGUUUUGUUAAUUUGUCCAGAGAUAUAGAACAAUAAAUAAAUUCAAAAAAAUCUCUCAAACAUUAAUACUAGGGAACUGACAGGUAUUCCUGGUAGGCUAUUAUAAUUCAGCAUACCCAUCUGAAACGGUUGGUAACUCCUCUGAGCAAUCAUAAUAAUUGGUAAGAUUAACAUGGGGAAAAUGCAUACCCUUCUGCUGAAUUACUUUAUUGUCCAUGAAUUUCCACUUAACGAUGAAAAAACACCACGUCCAGCCAUCGUCCCCAUCGUUCUGGCAUUCCCCACAAACUAAUCCACAUCGUCAUACCGACAGGAGUGCAGUCGAGCCGGAGUGAUGUACGUCAUUUGUACGUACGUGCAGUAGUGUACCCUCUUAACCUCGUUCUGACUCGGCCAUCGGGGGGAAGCGCAGUCACAACAAAGUACAUACCUCUAGUUAUACGACUGGUUGGUAGAUAUGAAGUAUCUGUUUUUCCUCUUCGUCCGUUUCUCCUGCCCAAUAAAGGUGCUCCCGUGCGCUCCGGCGGUGGGCCGUGGAGUGUAGAAGAAUUGCAGCGUCAGUCAACCGAAGUGACUGAUGAUGACGCUUUCCGGGUUUCCGCAUUAUUUUAGCGCUUGUUGCAUUAGCAUAGUGCAGGGGUUUCUAAUCAAGUGUAUUGUUUAAUACUUUUCAUCAGGAAAAAUAAUUUCGAUUAGUUUUGCAGUGUAGAAUAAU